AUGCCGCUGAAGAAGUGGUCAACCAACGAACCGGAACUCGGCCUCUACAUUAAGGAUACCUCACCGGUCAAGGACCCAUCCAUUUCCUGCAAUCUUCCAUCCAUCGGAAUCCCAUGGAAUCAGUCUGCGGACACCCUGUCAGUCCCAGUGUCGAAAGCAGUCAAGGAACUCGAACCCGGAUCACCUUCUAAGAGAAAACUACUUAGAGGGUUAGCUCAAAUAUUCGACCCACUGGGGAUAAUGGGACCCAUGACUAUAAACUCCAACAUAUUGCUGCAGAAACUCUGGAAGCAGAAACUAGGUUGGGACUCACCUCUGGAAGGAAACCUAUCGGAAUUCACCGACUUCAGAGACCUACUCACCCAGGGCGAGGUGUCCAUCAAAAGACAUUUCCUAUCGCCGAUCCUUCCGAAGCCGCGGAGACAACUACACAUAUUCUCAGACGCGAGCCUCGCUGCUUACGGAUGCGUCAUUUAUCUUUGGGAAAUCUUCAAUGAAAACACGAUAAAAACGCAUUUCAUGAUAGCAAAGGCAAAAGUGAGUCCGGUCAGGCCGACUACCAUCCAUCGACUUGAACUACUCGGAGCUCUCCUCGCAGCUAGGCUAACCAAUUCGCUACUCAACCUCAUGGACGUCGAGACGGAUUCCAUCCACCCUUACACAGAUAACUCAAGUGUACUGGGCUGGGUUAAAUCCAAGCCAGAGAGAUGGAAACCCUACGUCGCAAACAGAAUCCGCCGGUCAGGCCGACUGGAAAUACGUGAAAUCAGAAGAAAACCCGGCGGAUCUCAUCUCUCGUGGCGCGAACAUCUCGACGGGUCACAACAAAACAUUGUGGCUAGAGGGACCACAUUGGCUUAG